GACUGUGUUGGCGGACGAUCCGCAGUACCUGGAGCUGCUUUUCAUUUCGACGGGACGUUGGCUCUGGUUUCGAGAUAUACGACGCUGCUAUCUGUUAAUAUCGAGUCGGCGAGAUUGAGCUGCCCCAGCGAGUGCUGCAAUCGCCAGGUUUUAGCCGUGAUUCGAAAGCCCGCGAAGUUGGUGCAACAGGUUCAGCGGUCACGGCCUAGCGACCUAAACGACCGAACGAGAAUGGAGGGCGAAGAAGUGGAGUUCCACACCGGUGGGUCCGGCGCCUCAUCCACGUAUCCGAUGCAGUGUUCGGCACUACGCAAGAACGGAUUCGUGAUGCUCAAGGGCCGCCCGUGCAAGAUCAUGGAAAUGAGCACCUCAAAGACAGGAAAGCACGGACACGCCAAGGUUCACCUUGUCGGCAUUGAUAUUUUCACGUCGAAGAAGUACGAAGAUCUCUGUCCAUCCACGCACAACAUUGAUGUGCCCAAUGUUAACCGAAACGAUUUUCAGCUGAUCGACAUCUCCGACGAUGGAUUCGUGUCCCUGAUGGAUGACAAAGGUGACAUUCGUGAUGAUCUGCGUGUACCCGCCGACGAAGAGCUGUCGAGAAAGAUGAAGGAAGAACUGGAAAAAGGCGAGGGAAAUGUUAUUAUUACGGUGCUCUCUGCCGUCGGUGAAGAAGCCAUUAUUGCUUGCAAGAACUCCACUUGAAUUCUGAACACGAUCCAUUCGUGAGCAGGCCUUUGAGCCGCUCAAUAGGCAUGAGCCUCGACCACUUGUUGGCAGUGGUCGGAGCAGAUUGCUACGUUGGCUCUGCCAAACAACAUCAACGUAAUGUGGCGACCAAGGACGCGACUAUUGAAAUAAUAACAAUAACAUUAUCAAUAAUAGCAACACACGUACUGCAAGUAACGAAAAAGACAAAGGCGUCAUGUGCGUAGCAAUAUUAAUUCCUUUUCUCUCUGAUAUUUUUUCUGCCCGCCCAUUCAGUUGAUAACCCAUUAAAUAGUUGUACGCGUCCAACGACGCGUCCGUGUCUUAAUGUUUCGUUUCAAUCGACAGAGCCUUCGUUCGGUAAACCAUUCGUCUUCGUAGUUGCAUAUAUUGAUAUUAAAAUGAUGGCUAAAUACAAAUGGCAAAAAAAUAAAAUAGAAAUAAUAACAACAAUAAUAAUGAUCCAGAAAUUAAUCAUGUCACCAAGACCACUAAUGGGGAUAUCGCUGCAGUGUAGACGAUUUCGAACUUCGUCAAUCGGAAGUUUCUUCGAGUCCGCCUCAAUUGCACACGAGAGAGAGAGAGAGAGAGAGAGAGACAGAGAGACAGAGAGAGAGAGAGAGAGAGAGAGAGAGAGAGAAAGAGAACCGUUACCUAAUAAUUUUUAGCAGUUUUACUGGUUUACCUGUAAAAUAUGCUAAUUCAUUUGGACGUAAAGUUCAAUUUUUUCGUGUACCGACUACACUCCGCGUGUCCCGCGGUGACAGUGAUUUUUCGACGAGUUUCCCCUUCGGUCAUUUCAUGCACCGUCGUCAGCUCAUGCGCUCCAUUAGUAGGAGCAGGCCGUCUAUAACUAUCCACAUGUUUACAUCGGGUAAAAUGUGCAUGUAUUCUCGUUGUCAACGUACGUAUUGUUUUUAUGAUGAUGGCCGAGACCUUUUUUGCGAAAAUAACAACCACAUGGGAAGCAAGCAAACGGUAGGUGCAGCUAUCAGCUAAGCAGAUCACGAAGUUACGUUUAAGGGAACACGAUUGCGCCAUCUGUCCAUUCAAAAUCCGACUAUCGCUACCGAUAGCUUACCAUUAAAAAGCAUUGCUUGGGGGUAGGUUAUGAGUUACAGUAAAACAGAGUUACAACGAUAACAACAAUAAAAAUGCGUGUAGUGAAAAUGGAAAAAAAAUAGUGAAAAAUAGUGGCAGGAGGCAGGAGAUGACAUGUAAGUGGAGCUUGUUUGUGAAAGCCUGCGGAGUGAAAUAAUUAACGAGGUCUGAGUUGUAAGGAAUAAGUGUUGCUUGAUAAUGCAGAUAAAUAAUUAUGAUAAUAAGAUUAAUAAAAAUAAGAACAAUAAGUAUACAACAGUAAUAUUAAUAAUAACAAUAAUGAUGAGAACAAUAUUGUCGCCAAGGUCAGGUUGUCAUAAAAAGACAGGCGAGGGCCGUUAGGAUGGACGUGGGAGGGGUGGGGGGUUUGGUAAACUAGAAUCCACGUACAAAUGGCGGGCGAUGAUCGGUGACAACAGAGAAAGCCAAAUAACAUUUCAGGCAGGCCGAUUUUGGCGGCAUCGUCCAUUUAAAAAGGGCUGCAGUUGUUGCCCAUGGUUUUAUGUCCAGUAACUGUAGUCCUUUGUGCGGGGCUCGGGACCGAACUGUGGGAGGUACGGGUUGGGUGUGUGGAACGGGUUACGGGCGAGAUGCUGAUCAUACCAUAUAGCGUUAUAUGUCAAGCUAUUUCACAAUAAACUUGUUUGAGUAAA